UGUUGGCUCAUUUUAACCAAAAUGAGGAUACCGUGGUUGUUCGGUUUCUUUAUCAUUUCUUUGCUGGAAUGGACUAAUGCUAUCAAGUUACCGUCAAUUAUUACACCUGGAUGCAAGCCUAUCGAGAAUACGUCGAUGAUGAUGAAAUUAAAGAGACAUCUUUUUUGUGAAUAUGAUUCAACCGUUCGACCUACAACCAAUCAGCAAGAGGUCACUAAUGUUACAUUGGAACUCGUACCAAGGUUUUUAGAAUUUAAUGAUUGGAGUAGUGCGAUGACUCUUCACAGUUGGAUGGCUCUUAACUGGAAGGAUGAACAUCUCACUUGGAAUCCUAGCAAUUUUGAUGGUAUUACUUCUCUUCAUAUAAGUAGCGAUGAAAUAUGGGUACCAGAUUUAUCAGUUUAUAAUUCGGGUGAUAUGUCAUUAGAACAAAAUGGUGUUCCCUCGACCAAAUGUUUGCUCAUUAACACAGGCUCGGUUAUGUGUAUACCGGCAUUGUCAUACGUAACCAAAUGUAUCACGGAUUUUACUUUUUGGCCCUACGAUAAGCACGUAUGUCGUAUUAGGUUUGGUUCGUGGUCGCAUACUGGAGAAGAAAUUAAUUUUCAUUUCGAUAAAAAAGGAUACGAGAUGGACGGUUAUGUGAAUAAUACGGAAUGGAGUUUGAAAAUCUCAAGUGCUACGAAGACAGUAAAAAAAUUCGAUUGUUGUCCUAAUGAUACCUUCCCUGUACUUAUUUAUACCUUUUUAGUAGAAAGACAAUCAGGAUUGGUACAUGUCACUGUUGUUACACCUGCCAUAACUAUGGUAGUGUUAACAUUGACGGUUUUAUGGUUGGACUCAAGGUCGACCGAAAGAAUAGCAAUGGCGGCUAUAAAUUUCAUUUGUCAUUUUCUUUGCCUUUUUGAUUUGCACUGGCAAGUACCCCAUAACGGUGAAAAUGUACCACACAUUUUAUUGUUUUAUCGCGAUUCUCUUGCGUUAGCUGCAUUCGCAUUGAUCUUGACAGCUUUGCUAAGAAAAUUACAAAAUAUGAACAUGGAAACACCAAGUUGGGUCUCGUCAACAAUCACUUUCGUUUUGAAUAACAGAGCUGGACGUUUUUUGAUCCUAACUGACGAUGAAUCGAAAACCUCGACCACUGGUAUAUUGGCCAAUGAAACGGAGGAAAAUUCAGAUUUAACGAAAGUAAGUGACGGGAAGAAGGAAUCAUCUUGGCGACAAUUUGCUGCAAUCGUCGAAUGGUUGUCUUUCAUAGCUGUUGUUUUGACCUACUUGAUUAGUUUUACUAUUCUUGUACCUUCCAAUCAGAGUUAAAAUUAUUUAUAAAUAAUGUACUUUUUAAUUUCUU